UAUAAAGAACGUCAGUCAACCCGCCACUUUGAUUUUCUUCAGUUUGACUAUACCGCAUUAGCACGAUCAGCAGAAUGCACUGGGACAAAUCACCAACACCAGCACUGACCAGGUCCAGACCAUAUCAAGGUGUAAGAGUAAGGGACCCGGUCAAAGAGCUGCUGAGGAGGAAGAGGAGUCUGGAGCCGCACAGCACCAAGACACCACUCUCUGCUGUGGAUGAGGUUGCACGCAACAACCCGGCAUCAUACACACAAGUCACCUUUGGCUCUGACAGUACCAGUGGCACCACAGCUGAGCCCUCAGUUGCAGCUGGAGAUGGUCGGCCGCAGUGCACAGGAGGGAAACCUUCAUUCCUGGCCAGUGGCGCUGGCCUGCAGCCUGCCAUAACACCGUGGUCCUCACCUGAAUACAGCCAGCAGGAACCCUCAGUUCAGACUCUGGCCUACCCAGCCACCACACUGACGGCUGACCUGUACAUGCAAACUCUGUGCCCCAGCUACACCAUGCUGACCUACACACACACACCGCUGCUCACUAACUUUGGGACCAUACCGGUGGCCCAAGCACCAGGCUCCUUCCCUCAGAUGGAGCUCCCAGACUCAGGGUUGACCUCUCCCUGGACCCAGCCCCUCACCACCAUAUCUACUAUGCCCAACCCAGGGGUGCAGUUCGCUCCAUGCUCAGCAGCCCUGUCCGGCCCACCUCUGGUGCACAUGCCCUUGUCCAUGUCUGUGACCACCAUGAUCCCUCAGCUGGAGGCGCAUGGUGCAGACCCUCAGCUCCAGAUCCUUGACCUCCCUCAGCGUUCAGAGCUGAACCCUGAACAUCAAGGCCAGUCUCUGGAUGAAGAUCCGGGGAUGGAGCCGGGAUCACCAAACCUACUGGAUAAACUUCUAGAGGAUCCCAAGGAGGAUGGUGAAGAAGAAGACAAAGACUCAUACAGCAAUUCACUCUUCAUACCCAAUGUCUAAAAAAAAUUGUCUUCAUGUUGUGUGUAGAGAGCUGUAUUUCUGCUCUUUGUGUUUUUUAGCAAUUUCUUACAUAAACUUUCUUUUAUACACAGGUGUGAUUUCUGAUCUUAAUAAUGGAAUGCGAGUUGUUUCAGCAUUCCAGUGCUAGUGUCAUUCUCAUUUCAGUUUAUUUCAACUUUGAUCUUGAUGUUGUAGCUGUGGCCAAAGUAAUUUACAAAAUCAAUUCUGAAAUACCAAAUGGACAAACCGGGCAAAACUCCCGGAGCCCCCGGCUGUGUGUGUGAAACUUCCCUUGUGGUAGUUUGGUUCAUUAUAGAUUAAUUUGAUUAUAGAUGCCAUCACAGUACAAUAAAAAAAGUGAACCUUGA